UCACCAUAUACUUAUUCUAAUAGCUUAAUACAAAAACAAAUCGAGAUUACUAUUAUCAUUUUAAUCUUUCAAUACCAUCAUUGACCUUUAAAAUCACGUUAUUCCUUUCCUUCAUCACAUUUAAUGCCUGAAUUGGAGAUAUUGGACGGUGGAGGUGCAACGCAAUUAGAGACUUACAAUCUAGAUCUCACAGGGUCGUUAUGGAGUGCAUCGGCCUUAAAUGAUAAUCCAGAUCUUGUUGAGCAGAUGCACCGAGAUUACUUGGAAGCAGGUGCAGAUAUCAUAGAGACAUGUACUUAUCAGGUUUCAUUGGAGGGAUUCAAAACUAAAGAAGCAACGUCAAGUGCUGUUCAGAAAGGUGUACAGAUAGCAAACAACGCUAUAAAUACGCACAACGAAGUAGAUCAUUCGUCACAAAAGCAACUCGCUUAUGCACUUGGUCCCUUCGCUGUUGCAACAGCAGAUGGUGCAGAAUACACGGGAGAAUAUAGUGUUGACUACAGUUUGAGUCAAGGAAGCCUUUAUAGUGAAAACCUCAAACAAUUCCACUUGGGUCGUCUCAAAGUAUUAAACACGCAGGCAAAAGUAGAUAUUUUGCUAUUCGAGACAGUCCCGUUACUUUCAGAAGUGAGAGCUAUACGAGCAGCUGUAGAAGAGUAUAGGGCAUACGUUAAAAGUAGUGUACCGUUGUAUAUUUCACUCGUGUUCCCGGAUGGUUCACUUCCUGGCUCGAAAAUCCUUUCUGAAGGUCCAAGUGGGAUUAAAGACAUCAUAGAGACAAUUUUCGGAGGCAAUAGUGCAGAAGUAGAUGCAAUUGGUAUAAAUUGUACCAAACCUCACUACUUAAGGCGUCUGGUCAGCGAUAUAGUCGAUCAUUUAAGCAGCUACGAACUCAAUCGCAAACCAAAGCUUAUGAUAUAUCCUGAUGGUGGUCUAGUUUGGGAUGGAAAGGAGCGUGUUUGGCGUCAGCCUGAACAUUCUCAUCACGCAGACAGUAGUUGGGCGGAAACAGUAGCAGAUGCUGCGUCGAUAGUUGCUAACGAUGCCUUUUCGCCUUUCUCGGGUGUGAUCGUCGGUGGGUAUUGUAAAUCUGGGCCGAAAGAAAUCAAACAGUUACGUUCAAUAUGUCAAACUCGUGGUUGGCUAUGAACAAAAACAAGGAUCUAUGAAAACAAUACAUGUAAAAGUUACAAAAAUUCUAAAAAACAGAUCUAUAAAUUCGCUUCCAAAUCGACACCCCCUCGUUCUCAAUUCUGUACUUCUCUUUCAACUCUAUAUGAUUUAAUUGAGUUGCUCUUCCCGUCACGAAAUCCAUCUCUUUGUAGGUUACUAGCUUACUUCUUUUGACAACCUUCCAUAUGAUCCAAGCAGCGAAGAAAAUCAGAAGAGAUAUGUAAUUCGAUAUAAAUGUGCU